AUGCGCUUUUUUAUUGAAGACCUCUUCACCCAAACCAGAGAUACAGACCCAGAUCUGCGGUUUAUGGCCCUCAAUGACCUCGAGAAGGAAAUCGUGAGCAACCCAGACGCGUUUUCGAGCGAGGCCCGGAUCCAGUACGCCAAGAUUCUUCUUCACUGUCUUGACGACGAGUUCCCCGAGGUUCGCACACAGGCAUUGAAAUGCUUUGAGACUCUUACUCCACGCCUUGGCGGCUACGUGGUGUCUGUAGUGGCCGCUUUGAGCAAGAAGAAGCCCGAGAAAGUCUCCAUCACCUCCACUAUCUACACAAUGGCGAUCCACAACGUUUUGAAGAAUUUCGUUGCCAACGAGUCUGUGGCGCGCGACGUGGCGAACUGCGUGUUGGGUGAGGUGUUUGAGGUGGGGAAUACCGCUUUUUACACCACCAUAGACUAUAUUGAGAUCGUGACCGACCUCAUUGAAUAUCUGGGCAAAUACCUGACUACUGCGCAAUUAAACAACAUAGCCGAGCUGCUGGCCAAGGCCUGCUACGGAGCAGACAUAGUGAUUGCAAAAAAAUCCGUUUUGGCUCUCGGACUGGUGGCUAGAAACUUCACCUCUGUCGAACAGCUGCAAAAGCUCAUUUCCCUAAUCAACAAAACCACUACACACAAACAACAGGACACAACACUAAAGGUGCUGAGCAAUCUUGUGCGCUCGAAUGCCAAGCUGAUGGCGCAGAUCGUCCAGCAGGUCCACCCUACUGUGCUCAAUGGACUAUAUCUGGAUACACUUGGCGAGCCCGACGACGACUUCGACGCCCAGCAGGAGACGGAGGAGACCCGUGCUGAGGCGCUCGGGUGUCUGGUGGCCAUGUUUGAGUGUCUUCCGAUGGAAGAGUAUGUUUCUGGGUCGCUGGAACUGGCCGCACGCUUUAUUGGUUACAAUCCGUACAAAGAUGACGCAGAGGAGGAACUGGAGGAGGAGGACGAGUACGAGCUUUCUGAUCUUGAUGAAGAUGACGACGACGAUGGAUCUGGACUUUCGUGGAAGCUUCGACGUGAGUCUGCUAGACUGGUCAGUGUUAUCCUAGAAAAACAUCCGUUGGCUCUCACGACGGUUUUCCAGUCUGUCUUUGAGCCUCUCUUGGGCCAGCUACAGGACGACAAUGGAGCGGUUGUGUCGGAGGCCUUACGAACGCUCACAAAAAUAUUCCGCUUCAGUGUCCAGGACGGUCCGUACUACACAUUGAAAUUCUUCAACUCCUUGAAUGACUACGCCAGCGGCCGUCGGGGAUCAGAUGUCAGCAUGCAGAGCGACGAGGACCCGUCUAUUUAUCUGGGCAGCAAAAGCGCAGACAUCUGCGAGUCGUUCAGCAAACUGCUUGUGGCGAAGAACUCGUCAAAACUAUCGUUGCUGUACGACUUUUUUGUGGAGUUUUCCAACGCGACAGAUGGCUGCGAAGCACAAUGGACGCCGGCAUUGAUGAACAAGCUAUUGGAUUUGAGAGAAUCCAGCAUCACUUCUGAGGUGAUCAAGUUCUACGCGGCAGUUCUAAAGAAGUAUUCUUUGACAGACCUUGGAAGCAGCUCCCAGAGAAUCAUUGCCGACAUUGUUGGCUGCGUGGCAUCCUCGUCCAAUCAUGAGCUCGUGCUGGAGACUCUGGGAUUGCUCACCGAGGUGCUCGAGCACGAGCCGGGUGCCCAGCUUCCGAGCGUCGAAAAGGCACUCAUCGAAAAAGCCUCCAACAAAAACUACUCGACGGAGAUCCGGCAAAAGGCGCUCGUCUGUCUAUGCUCACUGGUCACCAAGUCGGAGGUUUUGGAUUUGCAAACUGCGUUGAAAGUGUUUGUGGACACCAUAACGGUCGAGUUUCUGGUGGCUGUGGACCUGCAGUGUAUUGAGACUAUAGUUUCUCGGAUUCCACAAAGCCUGUCUAGUGACUGGUAUCAUCCGAUAAUUUUGCAAUUGGUUGAAUAUCUGACAAUUUCCGAGCUCCAAGCUCAGAGUUUGAACACAUUGGCUAGUCUGGCAGCCUACCUGGACGAAAAGGACGGUCUGUUGGCAUUUGAUCGCAUUGUUGUGGCCAGCGAGGCCGGGAAAAUCGCUUCGGAAAAUGCAGUGUGCGUGUGCAAGAUCUUGAGCGUGCUGGCUACCAAGAUAGCUGUUCCCGACGUCGAUCGACUCAUUGGUUUGCUAGUGCAGUUCUCAAAAGCCCCUAGCUUUGACCAGAACACACUGGCUGACCUCACCAAUGCCAUACUAAGCCAAAAACCUGCCAAGCAGUUUAUUGAGGUUGUGCUGCAACAUGGCACACAUAGCGACCCAAACGUGUCCAAGAUUCUGGGUCUGGUAAGCGUGAGCGACAAAAACUUUGCCUCCAUUGAGGAGACACUACAGAAUUUGAACAAUAACGAAAACGUGCUGUUUUCCAUCACGUUCCUGGACCAGGUCUCCAAAUCCAUGGAUCUCGAAGUUGGACUGGCGCCAUUUGUGCGUCAUCUCGACGAUGACGAAGAGAUCAAAAACGCUGCUAUCUCUGCGAUCGCCACUAUCGUCUCUCGCAACCCGGAAAAAUAUCUGGACGAGUUGACAAAACAGAUCGAGUUGGGGGCCACAGUUCCCAUGCUGCAUGCUCUAAAGAUCGCUCUGCAAAAGAUCAAUCUCGACACGGCAUCCUCCAAGCAUCUAUUCAAUAUGCUACUCAAAUCCGAGCUUGAAAAGACGGACGCUGUGGAAGCAGCAGCUGCCAUAAUUGCUCUUCUUGCAGUCCACGACUCGUUGCUGCCGGAAAUGUGCUCUAUUUUGUCUUCCAGCCCGUCACGGACACAGAAACUGGUGCUGGGAUCCACCACCAAGCAGGUGCUUGUUGACCCGUCGUUGGAGUCAGACUUGGUCUUACUGUCCAGGUACCUUGAGCUAACGUCUGCGCAAGAGUACAUUUUUAGUGCCGAUCUGGAACUCAAACAGCUUGGAGUUUCUAAUCUCAUCUUUGCUUUGCACAAAAAACCCCUGGUUGCUCUUCCGCUGGUGUCCAAGAUCAUGCCGCGUGUGCUGGAAACAGAGCUCGAGCAGAAGAAGGAAUAUGUGGAGGUCGUUCGGAUUGGUCCUUUCAAACACAAGCUGGACAACGGUCUGAACUACAGAAAGGGGCUCUACGAGAUGGUGUAUUCACUGCUGACCACCCUCGAGACCAAUCCGCAGUUUUUGGUGAUCAGCCAGAUCGACUGGGGCCAGGUGUUUGAAAGAUUUGUGGCCAGAGCGUUUAAGGACGAUCCAACAGUCAUUUUCAUCUGCCUGCUGACGCUCAUCAAAAUCAUCAGCCUCAAACCGACAAUUUUCGCUGGAAACCAGACCCUUGAAAAUUUCAUUGCAGCAUGUUCCAAGGUUCUGGAUAAAAAACUCAAGGACGACGCUCCGAAGCAGGAGCUCGAAAAACGCAACGACACGGUGCGGGCUGUCCUCAGAUGCUGCAAAAAAAUCAACACGAUGGUGGAAUCUGGUCAGCUCAAACUGGACAGCUACUCGAGCUGGUCGAACUUUGUCAGCACGUUGAAAACCAAGUAUCCUAUUUUCGAUAUUGAGGAAUGA